AUGGCUGGACGGACCCCUCUGGUGUUCAUAAUCCUCGCCUCCACUUGCAUAUUCGCUCUUUGCUGGGGGUUCAUGAUUGUAAUUUGGCAUCAAGAAUAUGUGAUUCUCCCCGACUCCGUCGUCGACCUCAUUGCAAGAUAUCCUACUGAACUCACCCUCAUAUCCUCUGUGAUAUCCACGAUUCUGUCAGCAGCCAGCACUAUUUUGGUUACGCUCCUCAAUUCAAGCUGGACGACAUUCAUAUUGCCGACAUCGCUUUUGUGGCCUGUAUCGAUCGAAGGCUAUAGUCUGGACCUUUCAAGCAGUGUCUUCAAUACGAAACUAGCUAAUGACACUGCUCGGCCAGGAUAUUACCAGAAUGGUUUCGAUAUCCUCGACAUUAUGGCGUCAAUGAGCGGGACUUCAGCCACACGUUCGGCUGUUGCAGGUGGAAAUGAUAGUGUGUUCGCCUUCAACGGUGUCUCGUACAUCACAUCCAGUGGUGGCAUCCUUCCGGCGGUGGAAGAUUAUGCAGGCACGACAUUGCCCCCUGAAUAUAUUGGUCUCGAGUACUACGGUGGACAAGUCGCGACCGGGGCCGUUCUGGACUCGCUAGAAGGCUAUACGGUGACGCAACAGGGUCUUUCCGCGAAUAUUAACUGCAGUAUCCUAACUGACCUUGACUCAACCGAGUUUUCGACGAACUUUGAGAAUUCUCUUCGACGGUCCCUUGGAGAGUAUAUUAAAGCAUGGAAUUGGACAGCUUCUUGUCCUCUCGGCGUGGGAAACGGCUAUUGGGUGACCACGGACUUCUGGAUAUAUAACAAUUCAUAUGAAUGGCCUUCUCGUGUCACAUCAUUCGUCAGACGACGUACAAUAACCCUUUGGGGGGGAUUACUGCGGCUUAAAGACUCCGACAUUUCGGUGAAUGACGCCUUGAAUGGCAAACAAAUUGUCGAGUUUCACAGGCAGACUACUUCCGCUGGCGUUGUAGAGUUUUCUGCCACAGAAAUGCCAGUACGAGUGCAACGAUGCAGGACUUGUACACGGACGAAAGGUGCUUUCACACCCCUGAAUGGAACAAUGUAUAUCACGACCUACGGCUGGUACAGAGGACGCCUUACAUACAUCUAUAUUCUCUGCGUCUUCACGGUCAUCUGGGCGGUUACCGUAUCAGCUGCGGUGUACAGUCUGAUUCAUGAAUGUAUUCGCCCACGCGCCAAUCCCGCGUUUGAUGCGUCGAACCCAGUCCAUCUAAUGAUGGCAUCUGGACUAGAAACGCUCCCAGGAUUUGAAGAUAACGGAGAUUUGGAGAAUGAACGUGCACGAGUGCGUCUUCUAGAUGGUCAGGAUGUGGCACCUGACGAUGCAGUGGGAGAGAAGACAUCCGCUCGGCCUACUAGAUCGACAAUGCCGCGGUUCGAGAUUGUACCGUUCAGCGCUGAACAUCAUAAGGCUUAUACGAAGCACAGCGGACCGCGUCUUUUACAGGUUACUUGGCAGGGUGGGUCGAGUUUCGGUUUUCGUCAAGCACGCGGUAUCGUUGCUGCCAAAGGCCCAAGUAGCUGGCCCCAUUCCGUCACCGCGAUGCGUACUAAAUUGCUUGACCUGUCCCGCGCAAGAGCAACGGAGGAGUGGAGAAAGUCCAUUAUUGACGAGGACGUCAUGGCUUUAGCGGCAACGACUAAAAUGUUGAAAACCCCAGAUCGCACUAUUUUUAAGCGCUUCUGCAACUUCUGCCGCCCACCUGGAGGUGUUCUAUGA